AACCAGAUAGAAGCGUAAAUUUUAUCACAGGCUGGUCAAGAAAGGCAAACUUAAUAUUUUAGGAAACAAGUAAAUGAUAUCGCAGAUGCAUGUUUGAAUAGGGUGCAUUUAAAAUAAUACACGUGCAAGCAAACGAUAAAACGCAUGCGCCAGUGCUAGUUAAUAAUAAACGCAGUUAAUCGGAUUGGCAACAAAGAAAGUUAUUCCAUAGACAUAAUGGAUGCAACCUCGGACUUAAUUUGGCCGGCUGUGUUAUUUACACUGCUUGCAAUGACUGUAGCAGCCGUUAUCACGGUGAAAAACAAUACUAAAGCGCCAUUAAAGUGCAUCAAUCAAAGUACUGCUGUUGUGGAUGGAGGCACUGGAGACAGCUCGCAAAAUAAUGACACUGGAGCGCAUAAUUCAGAGAUUCUGCAUCAAUCUAAUGCAAACAAACUUGCAUCCAAAGAUGAAAAUGUACAGGAUUCUACCCCAGAUAAUGAGGAAGAGGUCUGCAGGACAGACGCUGAAGAGGAUUCAUCUGAAUAUGGGAUAAGGAAUGCUCUGAAGGAUUAUGCUCAGUCAACUGAUGCUGAAGAGAAACCAUUGAGGUACAUGGCUGGCAUGCUGAGGUCCAGUCAGCUUAAAAAGAUGAUGACCAAAGAAGAACUGGAGGAAGAGCAGAGGGUUCAACGAGAACAGCUAGCUGCAAUCUUUCAGCUGCUAAGAGACAAACAAGACACAUUUGGUGAUGUGACACAGAACGAUUUACAAGAACAGCUUCAACUCUACUCUUAUUAAUCUAGUCAACUCUGUCUGUCUGUCUGUCUAUCAUAUUUAAUGUACUAUAUUAUUUUACUGUAUUAUACAAUAUACUUAUAUAAUGAAUAAUAUAACUUCAGAGUCAUUGUCUUAAAUGCCUACUAAGUAUUUUGCUUUGUUCUGAGAAAGUUUAUGAGGUUGGUGAUUUCAAAUGGAACUUUUAAUUAAUUAAAUUUAUUUAUUGCAAUGUUAACUUUUUUAUUUGAGCUUCUUAAAUAAAGCAAUCUGUUUGCACAA